AUGAAGAAGGUCGCAGAGCACAACAACAACUUUUACUUCAACGGCAAGAAGGGUGUAUGUGGGAGGAAGAGGACACUGUCAGAGGAGCAGAUCACAGAGGCCAUUGUCAAGCUUGAUGGCAAGCAGGUGAAGCGCAUCCUCUUCCCCAAUAUCCUGUCUCGCACUGUGCAUCACAGUCACUACAGCAUUGCUCUUCCUAACCCUUCCAACUCACAGGUCCAGGAUGCACUCACCAAAGCCGGUCUUCCUGGCUUCGUAUAA